AUGCAUUUUCUAAUAUUGUUAUCAAAUAUUUUCCAAUUAAUCUCUUGUAUCAACGAUUAUGAAUUGUUUGAUUCUUAUGAAUCAACAGAACAAAGUUACAAUGAUGAAAUUGAAGGAACACUUUUGAUGACUCAAGUUGUAGGUUACAAAAAUUAAAAUUCUGUAUACGUUUUGAGUUAAAUCAGGUUUGGAGACAUGGCGAUCGAUCUCCAAUUGAUAAUUAUUUAUCUGAUGCUCGUUAUGAACAAAUUUGGCAAAAUGGUUGGGGAGAAUUGACUGAAAUCGGAAUUCAACAACAAUUCGAACUUGGGAAAAAAUUGCGAGAUAGAUAUGUUGGCAAUCUUUUAAGCAAAAAAUUUGAUUUUCGAGAAGUUUAUAUUCAAUCUACGGAUAGGAAUAGAACAAUUAUGUCAGCGAUGGCAAAUAUGGCUGGAAUGUUUCAAAAAGAGACAGAUUCUAGAGGAGGAGAAGAUGAAGAGAAAGGUUGGCCGAAGGGAUGGAUUCCGAUUCCAAUUCAUAUUAUUCGAGAUGAUGAUGUAAGGAUAGAAGUAUCCUAAGUUCUAUAAUUCUUCAUUUUUUUAUAGCCUGAAAAUGUUUUCUCAUCUUGUCCACGUGCUGAUCAACUAGAGAAAGAUAUAACUCGCAGUGCAUAUCAUCGAAAAGUUGUUCGUGAAAACUUUGAUUUUUUCAGUUUGUUAAGUGAGAAAACUGGAAAACGAAUUGAUAUCUCAAAUAUCUUCGAUAUUUAUGAUAAAUAUUUCAUUGAAGUAAGAACUAUAACAAGUUUAUAUAUGUGAUAUGCUAGAACUUUUUCAGAGAUUAUAUAAUUUAUCACAACCAGAGUGGCUGACAAAAAAUAUUGUUAAGAAAAUGAAAAAUAUCGCGGCGAUUGAUACCCAGUUUGAUAAUGGGAUUGGAAAACCAUAUGUUCCGGAAUUAAUAAGACUUCGUGGUGGACGACUUUUGAAAUCGAUGAUUCAACGGAUGACACAAAAAAUCAAUAGUUUGAGUGCAGAUGGCAAUAAAUGGAUAUCCAAUUUAAAAUAUCAUGCACUUUCAGCGGUAAGUCAACCAUUUUUUUUUAAUUGUUUGAAAAAAAUAUUUUCAGCAUGAUACAACACUUUAUGCACUUCUUGCAACAUUUGGAAACCCGGAAACAAUAAUAAAUAGCAGUUUUCCUCAAUACUGUGCUACAUUGACUUUGGAAUUAUGGCUACUUGGAGAUGAAAAGAUUCCACAUGUUAAAAUAUUAUUUGAUGAUGGAAUCAGUGAUAAUUCGAAGAUAAUUACGAAUUUAGUAGAGGGAUGCCCAGAACAUAGUUAUUUUUGUUCAUUAGAAACAUUUAGUGCGAGAAGUAUUCAAUUUAUUCCUGAAGAUAUUCACGAAGAAUGUUUAGAAAAAUUCGAACCGGAAACAGAUAAUCAAGAUGUUUUUUAG